AUGCCCCCAUCGCUCUCUGACCUGCCUUCGGAACUCUGGCAAAAGAUUGCCACUCACGCCAGCGAACCCGAUAACCACUGCGUUCCGCGCCGAGAUCUCCAAUCCUGCAUGCUAGUAUGCAAGUUCUUCUCCACCAUCUUCACGCCACACCUGUACCACCUCGCACGGAUAUCCAACACGCGACAGCUCCAGCAACGCUUCCAGCACCUAUCCCGAAAUCCCGCACACGCCCAAUAUGUGACCGCCCUCGAAUUGCUACGCGCAGACGAGGUCGUCCAGUCUGACGUCCUCCCUGCGUUCCUGGAUCUCCUAGUAGGAGUACCCCGUUCUGGAGCUGGAAUCAUCGUAGAGGUGGUGAUUAGGAGCUCGCUGAGAGGACAGGUGGAUUUGUUGCAGCUGCCUGAGGGGCAUGCGGAGGCUCUGGCCCGCAUUUGCACCCUCCGCUCCAUCGCCCGUCUUGAACUCGACGGCUGCUUCAAUUUCCCGCCUGAUAUUCUGGGUAUGCGGGCGUCCACUGUGCUCGGGGCUGUUACCUUUGGCGCCCAGCGCACGGGCCCUGCACCGUCGGUACCAGCGCCAGUAGCACCCAGCGACGAGAGAUUCAAAAGGCGCAUGGCGAUCCGCUGGCUUGGUACAUCGGCGAGUACAUUCCUCACGGCGAUGCAGGUGGAUCGCAAGUCCUGUUCGAACAUCAGUGGACUUGCUGUGCACAUUGCGAGGGAUAGACACGCUUGGAAAGCUAUGGAGUGUAUGGUCCAGCGUAGCGCUGCAUCUGGUCAUCUCGAGGAACUAAGCAUCUUCGUUGAUAAAGGAGUGGACACCUCACUACUUGAAGACGUCCACCUCGACCUUGCCCACGCAAACAAAUUCCGACGUAUAGCACUAACCGUCUCGUCCCCACCCAACCUCCAGAUCCCCGCCUUCCUGGCCCGCAUGCUCAUCGAGCCGCUCUUCUCCAAGUUGAAAGGCACCAGAGGCGAGGACAGCACAUUGAGCCUGAAAACGGUGGAAAUUGAAUUCGAUUCGCCCAGAGGGAGGUCCUUGGACGAGGUGCUCGACCCCAGGGGGUGGGCAGAACUGGAGGGUGUGCUACUCCAGUUCCCAGCGCUGAAGAUGGUCAAGGUUUCGUUCAGGUUCUCGGGUAAUAAGAUUUAUCAGACGGUGGAUCCGCCCCCCAGGCUAGUGGGUCUCGUCGAUGCGAGGGUCCAGUCUAUGCUCCCUUUGAUACCUCGGUCGAUUUUACAAGUCAAAUGGUCUCUCGACAAAGGCAUGUAG